GAAAGUUGCAGUGUCAGAGAUGGCUGGAGCAGAACUAGGUUGUCAGAAUCAAAGAUGGUCUCUUCAGGGUAUGACUGCCCUUGUCACUGGUGGAACAAAAGGCAUAGGAUAUGCCACUGUGGAAGAACUAGCAGCACUUGGGGCAGUCGUUCAUACAUGUUCCCGGAACCAGACUGAGAUUAAUGAAAGGUUACAAGAAUGGAAGAGUAAAGGGUUUAAAGUGAGUGGUUCUGUUUGUGAUCUCUCAUCUAGGGAGCAGAGAGAGAAGCUUAUGGAGACUGUCUCCUCUGUUUUUGAUGGCAAACUCAACAUCCUUGUCAAUAAUGCUGGAAUCAGUAUGAUCAAACCUUGCGUGGAACACACUUUGGAAGACUACUCAACUGUAAUGACUACCAACGUUGAGGCUCCUUACCAUCUUUGUCAACUUGCACAUCGGUUCCUGAAAGCAUCAGGAAAUGGAAGUAUUGUGUUUAUCUCCUCAGUAGCUGGUUCAGUGGCUCUACCUAGAUUAUCAGCCUAUUCAGCAUCUAAAGGAGCAAUCAACCAAAUUACAAAGAACUUGGCAUGCGAGUGGGCAAAGGAUAACAUUCGGACGAACACUGUUUCACCGUGGGGUGUCAGAACCUCGAUUAAAGCACCAGAGCCAGGCUCACCUGCCGUUCAGGAAUUUCUCAGGCUAAUAGCUGGAACAGCAAUGCCCAGGAUCGGAGAACCUGAAGAGAUAUCAUCAUUAGUGGCAUUCCUUUGCCUUCCUGCUGCCUCAUACAUCACUGGACAGGUUAUUUCUGUGGAUGGAGGGUAUACAGCGGGUGGCUGUUGGCCAUUUCAAAAUUUUACCUUUAAUUUCUCUAGUUCUUGAAUUCCGAGCGUCGAGCUACCGGCAUGUGUCAAACAUAAAGUUUGUCCAAAAAAUGUAUCAAUAGGGGUUCAAGGAUCAUUUUCUUAUAUGGAUUAAGUGCUUAUGUGUUAAAUGGAACUUUUAAGCUAAUCUUGGGUGGAAAUUGCCAUCUUCUUUUCUCCUUUGUUAGUGCUUCUAUAAAUGUAAGACAAGCAAAGCUGAAAGAGUAACCAUAACAUCUUUUUGGAAUCUCCAAAGUUGGAAACACAAGCGGCUGAAUCCAGGAAAACGUCCUGGAUUUGGGCUGAAAGGCAGACAUUUUGGGCUUUGUUUGUUCAACAGAACAG